GUCAAAUUAGAUUACCAUGGCAAUGGAGUGCUUCAACAGCCUUCUCCUGAAACUGCGGGAGGUCCACGAGCGGGAAGUAGAGGGGUGGCAGGCGAAAAUCCAAGAGCUGUCCAACAAGAAGGGCUGUGACACAAAGCGAAUGGAGGAAUUGUUCAGCAAAAACCAGCAGAUGAAAGAACAGCAGAGAUUACUUACAGAGAACAUCAAGACACUGGAGAACAGGCUGCGGGCGGGGCUGUGUGACAGAUGUACAGUGACUCAAGAGGUAGCCAAGAGAAGACAGCAGGAAUUUGAAGCCUCACAAAUACAGAGCAUCCAGCACAUGUCUAUACUAGCGGGAGAAAUGACCAACCUGAAAAAGGAGAACAAGAGACUAAGAGAUGAGAUCAGAAAUUUAAGAGCAGCACUCGACAGAGGUCACAGCGAGCACUCCUCCAACAGCAGCACCACCACGGGGGUCAAGCCAAACAGCUCCCCUGACCUUUCACCCUCUUCUGGACCCAUGGCCCUCGUCACUGCAGCAACCAGCAGGGCCAGCAACAAGCCAGUAGAUGGUGAUGUUGCAGUAAAAACUGAAGUCGAAACAAGAGCUGAAGAAACUGAACACAGACAAAAGAGAGGGAUGAACAGAAACCAUUAUGACUCAUAUAAGCCUCUUUCGACUCUCGCAUUACCAUCCUGGAAGACAGAACCAUGCUGUAUUGGAGAGAGAGGAGCUCAGAUUGUUGAAGGACUAAACCAGCAAUCCUCCAUCCCUCCUCAAGCUCUCCUUCUUAAGAACGCUUCUUCAUCAACUGGUGGAGAAGUAAACCCCAGCAGACAUGUGCUCCAUGCUCCUGUCCCCUGCCGUCCUCAACCAAUCACAAGCAGCCCUGUCACUCUCCCAUGGCCCUUAUCUGAGUCCACUGACUGGGUUACUGCAGCUGCUGCAGGGUCGAGCCUAGUGGUGCAACCUUCUCCCAAACCAAACCUGCCACGCUUUCCUAACCUGAUCCUAACUGCCCAACAUGGCAGCCCUAGAAGGCAGAGUUUCGGAUCUCUCUGGCACAAGCAGAGUACCCCUAGGGCCCCUGCCGUAGAGCCAACUGUGUUGUUCAGGUUGAGGAGUCUGUCAGAGCAUGUGGAGAGUAAAACUAAGCCUCAGGAGAAAAAGGAGAUCCUACCAUCCAAGCCUGAGAGGAUCUCUGGAGAAGGGCUCAGAGAGGUGUGUGAGGGGCCUCUGGAUCUGUCAGAUCGAGGAAAGUCCAAAUCCAGCGAAACACCAAGAGAGUAUUCGCCCUCAGUCAUACUAGGUGUAGAGCAAGUACAGAGCAGCCCUGACAAGGAUGUGAAGACAAAUCCGUCGACACACACACCAGUAUCAUCACCACAUUGCGCCAUCCCUCCUUCAUCCUCCUCAACACUGCCAGUCAAACAACAAGAGGAAGAGCCUACCAGUGACCAUAACCACAAGGUAACCAAAGAGCAGGAGAAGAAAGAGGAGGUGAAUGGAAAGACAGACCAAAGCAAUGAGAAGAAGGUGCCUGUCCUCACUAUAUCUUUACGUCCAGUAGUAGUGCUGGAGACUCUGAACUCUGCCCUGCAAAAGCAAGAAUCUUUAUCAUCAAAUGGCAAGCAGUCAUCAUCACCAGUUGAGACAGUAAGCAGUUGCGAAGAUCAGGACGAGGAGGAGAGUGUGUCAGGACAAGAAAGCAACCAGAGCUGCAAGAGGAAGAGGGCAUCUGUGGAGACAGAAACCGACAGAGAAUCGGAUUCAGACAACAUCAAGCAGGGGAGGAAGAGCAAGAUCACAGUGAGAAAUGAGGAGAAGAGCCCUAGCUAAAGAGUUAGAUAUCACAUUGACUUGGUGAUCUCUCUGCAUGACCUGAUUGUUUUGGCCACUUGGGGGCAGUGCAACAAGCUGUUAACGCAACAAUGACAUAUAUCAUCACUUUAUAAAGUUGUUCCGGCCAACAGUGGAGUAUUUACACAUCCAGCAGACACGGAGCAACCUUAGCAUUAAUUUGGUGUUGUGUCUCUGGCCACCUGAUGAAUGUGGGUCAAAUAUUCACUCCGCUUUAGCUCUGUUUUGUAGUAUCUGUCUCUUUAGUAGCUACAUGCUCCACUAUGUUCACCUUUUGUUGAAAACAGCUGACUGCUGUCACUGAAAAUGAAACUGAUAAACACAUUGGUGAACCUUAAAGUUGCAUCCCGUAAAAUAGAGGAUGCUAAAAAGCUCAGUAGAGCUGAGGGGAAGUGCAGUCAGGUGAUAAAUAUCUGUUUGUCUCUUCAAGCAACUCCUUUCACAUACAAGUAGUAUUGUGAUCCAUAGUCCGUGGUGUAGUGGUUCCUGGAGAAAUGGGUAAACUCAUAUAGUUCAUGCGCCAAUUGUGUUUUAAAAACAUAAAGAGACAUCUGACACUGACAAUACAGCUUAAAAUGAGACUAUAAGAAUUAAAGUGCUAAAGUGCUCUUAUAUUGGUUGCAAAUUGCUCUAUUGCAAUAAAAUGAAGUAUUGCAGCUUGAUGGAGAUUUAGAAGUGGAUAUACCCCAUGCUGACCUAAAAAUAAGUAGGUAUACUCAGUGUAUACCUGUGUAUACCCUGCACUACACCACUGUCUAUAAUUAAUAUAGAAUCAUUGAUCAGGGCAGUUUUUAUUUCAUUCACUUAAUAUGUACAUAAAAUGAUGAAACCUACCACAAAAUGAAGACCAUAUCAUCAUAUCAUAUUGAUCAUAUUUGACAGGACAUUUGAAAAAAACACAAUUUUUAUUAUUUUACCUUAAAGCUGUCUGAUACAACAGAUGCACAUUUAGUCUUCUCAGGAUUUUAAAAAACAUUUUUAAAAAUAGCCCUAAACGUACUAAAUUGCUCCUUUUGGCCACUUGGGACAUGGACAUAUUAUUGUCUCAUAAAGUUGAAUGGCUCAUUUUAAGGUGAUGAAAACACGAUUCUUAUUUUCAGGUGAUUAUACACUAAUGAA